AGGCCAGAGCGCGCAGCCGAGACAGAAAGAGGCAUGGACUUGAACGAGAUAAAGGAAGUUUUAAGUGAAAAUAGGAUCGAAGAUGUCUCUUGGCUUUGUUCCCUCUCUGAAUCUGAGCUUGAUAUGUUAAUUAGCUUGAAAGUGUUGGUUUUGCAACGGGCGAAAAUAAUUGGCCAUGAAGAAUUGGCUGAGAAAUUUGAUUUGAAGAUGCUUCGAGCUCUUGGGCUCAUUUUAAUGGAAUACUCUAAGCAGAAGUUUAAGGAUUUGUCACAUAUUCCAGGCUCAGCUGAGCCUUCAUCAUUUAUCAAUGGCUGCAAUUUAUUGAAAUUUAAUCCCUCGGAUAUCAUGAGCAUAGAAGAGCUAGCAUCGUGUAUUAACAUUGAUUCAAGAAGGAGACCACCAAAAAGAUCGCGCGAAGAGGCUGCUGCUGCCAACCGGAAGAAACAGAAAAGCUGAAAGAAGAAGAUCAUGAACGAGGAGACAGAAAACUAGAACCAGAAGAUUUUGAAUGUUGAGAAGUCAAGUAAAAUGUCGAAGGACAUUAAUCUCACUAGGAUGCAUUAUUCACCUCCGGUUCUAUUCUCUGCUUUCAUUGUUAUUUAUUAUCCAGUUGCAGGUUUUUUUUCCUCGAGAGAAAGUCUUCAGUGGGACAUAGCAAUGUGCAGGCGAACCAUGCAUGCUAUUAUGGCACAUUGUGAUUGGACGGACACACAGACGCUUGUUCCACUAAAAAAUUUUGGCUUCCCCUACUUUUCCCUCAUAGCAGUCUGCAAUUUUUGUGAAUAUAAUUUUUUGAUGAGAGCUGUAGGUUCUGUAGUAACAAAUACAUUUGUUAGCGGGUCAAAUAUGAGAGGCAAAGUUGAUUUUUUCAUGAGGCAAUAUUGCCAUUUUCACCAUAUGAUAAAAUUUUAUUCAUUGCUGUAUUUGCAUUUGCUAGUACCAAAGGAUGAUAAUGUUUCUUGAACCUUAACUUCGACAGCUUCAAAUAAAAAAAUAUUUUUCUUAUGUUAUUUGGAUGAAAUUGAUUUUAUAAAUUAUCUUUGGGGGUAUAUGGUAAUUUAAGAUGUCACUUGGGGUUACGAUAUCUUAAUAAAAUAUAGGGACUGAAAGUUGAUCCGUUUUCAUAUUGUGGAACGACGUCAUUUUGGUAUGGAGGGAAAUUUCAGAAACCCUAGAUCGCGCGAGAUUGUUCUGCCCUAACGUUUCACUGAAAUUUCAAAUCACUGGCCGUUGUCUUUGCCGAAAUCCGGUCGCCGUCGCCGCCCAACCAUACGGUUCACGAUAAAGCCGGUCCUUGAGCUCGUCGGUUCCACGUCGUUCUCUGCCGGUGGAUUAUCUUCUUCAAUAAGUUUGGCAAUUUCACAUCUUGAUCUCUCUUUAUAUAUGAGUUGAGAACUUGUGAAACCCAAUUUUAAUUUUUACAUAAAUUAUUGAAGCUAAUAGUUCGAUAAUGAAAUUGCAAUACUGAAUUUUUCUCCAAAAGAAAUUCACUAAUUAAUUGCUAGUUAGUUGUGCCUACUUGUCGUUUGUAGAAUUUACUUAGUGAUUUUAAAGCUGCAGAAAAUGUUCGAAUUUAUUUUUUCUUUAUAAACACUGCAAAUUUUGUACAAAUGGAUUAAUGUGUGAUUCUCGUCUUGUGUGGACAGUGUUGAGAAGUUAGUUAAUGGCGGCUGAAGCUGCUAGUUCUGCAGUAUCUGUGGUGGGAGGAAUUGGCCAAAUACAAAGAUGAAUUAUUUAAUGGUGUAUGGGGUUACUGGCACCUGGGAGCAUGGAAGCCCCUUGGCAUUAGUGCUCGUAGUAGAGCUAGACUGUGGAAGGAGGUUCUCCCGGCAGGAGAAGAUUGGCAUUAUGAUCCUGAGAAGAAAGAGAUGAGAACCGGGCGGAAGGGACACAAGGUUGAUCGGAUAGCUGCAGAGAAAAGGGAAAAUACUGCAAAGUGGAUGGGGAAAAUGCUGGAAAUGUUGUUAGACCACAAGAAGCGCCGGUGGGAGAAGAAAAUGAAGGAAGAGGGAAAAGCCAAAGAAAAUAA